UUUUUUUUCUCUUUUCUCUUUUCUCUUUUCUUUUUAUUCUUUAUGGAAGAAACAAAAAAAGUACAUUGGUCUUCAACUGAAAACGAUUCUACUAGUUUCCCUUCUAACGCGUUUUCAAAACCAAUGUCUACUAUUCCUAUUACUUCAACUUCAACUACUUAUAACUCAUUCACUACUUUUGAUCAACGUUUUAUGCCUACUUCAAUACAAGACUCUUCUAAUGAUGAAGAUGAAGAAACUGAUAGUGACCUUUUUCCUGAUGAAAUAGACGAUGAUGAGGAAGAAGACGAAUAUGAAGAAGACGAAUAUGAAACAAAUAAUCAAGUUUAUUUUGGAACUACCAACUCACCAUCACCUUCUAAUACUAAUACUAAUAAUAAUAACAACAACCAUAAUAACGACAAUGUGUAUACCAUUUCACCUGAAACAGCAUAUGAAAGAAGAGAAUGGCAACAAAUGCUUCAGUCAGUCUUAAGAGGUGAAGUGAUUAAAAGUGAAAAGAAACGAUUACUCAGUACAGACGUCUUUCAACAAAAAAAUUCAAUUCAAGAAAUUUGGUUAUCUUUACGGGCUCUUUUACGUGGAAGAACUAUUACUGAUGAACUCAAGUUUUUAGAAGAAAGUCGACAAUCUAUUGAUGAAGUGGUAGAUACUAUUAUGCAAUUUCGUGUGGAUCCAAAUGCCGAUGACCCCGCUCUUAUUCAAGUUGCUGAAGUUUUGAAAAAUGUGGACCGUGUGGAAUCCUUGUAUGCUACUCGUGCUGAAAUGAUAAGAGCUCAUCCAAAUUAUGAUGCUAAGCCCUUUCAAGUACGUCUGGAUGCUCUUAACGCUUGGUGUACCGUUACUCGAAGCUUACACAUGCAAUUCAAGAUUUUACGAAAUUGGACUGGAUCAGAUGAUCUUCAAAUAUCUCCCAAUCGCAACUUGGAUACUUCUUCUUCUAAUCAACAACAUGAACAACAAGAUCAUCAUCAUCAACAACAACUUGAUCAUCAACGACAUUUACUCCAUCAUUAUCAUCAUCAUCAUUAUCAUCAUUAUCAUCAUUCUCAAUCAAAUUCAGAACCUAAUACAUCAUAUUCAUCCAUUCAUUCAUCAUCAAACACAUCUUCACCAAAUCAACCUAAAAUCACCAAUCAUCGAGAUUUUUCAUUUGUGGAACGCAUCCUUCGUGAAUCAGCUCUUCAAGAUACUUUUGAUAAACGUACAUUAUCAGCUCUCAACUCAUUAUUAUUGAAAUCAAAACAAACUAUGAUAUCCAACAAUACAUUAUUUCAAGAAAUGAAUUUACCUCCUUUUUUUGGUGAAUUACAACAUUUGGCCCAUUUUCCUGCAAGACUGGUGGAAGAAGCACUGAAGAUUCGACUGGAAACAAAAGAUCGCAUUAUUGAUCCACCAAAGCAAAUGGUGGAUGCCAUGUUAGAAGAUUGUCGUGGUUUACUUUCCUUAGCCAAUCGUGUGAAACAACAGUAUCAAGAAUUGGCGCAUCCGGCUCCAGGUUGGGUAUUGACUGUUGAUGAAAAUUUGACAAAGAAUUAUGAUAGCGUGGUAAUGGAAUCUGUCAACUUUUACUUUCGUUUGAUCACUUGGAAACUUGAUUAUGAAAAAGAAAACAGUCUACGUGAAUGUGAAGUCUUGGAAAAAGAAUGGGAAUUCUUACAAUCUACAGUUUGUCGAAAUUCGGAUGAUGCUUAUUAUGAAUGUACAGAACAGUUCUGUGGUCUUACUAUUCGCCAGUUACAAGAUGUGAUGAAUGAUCUAAGUAUUAUUACUGAAAUGGAAAACAAUAAUGAUGAUGUGGAUUUGGAGACACGAUAUACAAAGUUAUUACAUACAAUGCGAAUGCGUGCUAGAAAGCUUCUUCAGUUUGCGAAGUUCUUCAUUACUAAACUGGAAAAUGCAUCAGAAUAUUCUUUCAAUCCAGAAAGUCUCGAUAUGGUGAUCAAAUAUCUCGAAAUGACUGGCCACUUUUUUGUCCGAACCAAUUCAUUUGAAGAAGAUCGUAUUUACUUGAUUGCCUCACCAUCUCUCUACAAUCGAUUGGAAAUGAUUCCUCAAUUAGCACAAAGUGGUUUCUCAGCACCAAAAGAAGAAGAACAUCCUAGUACUCCAAGUAUUCACGGCGGACAUCCUUCUCAUUAUUUUACUCAACACGAUGAUCAAGAUCCUCAUCAUCAACUGUACGAUUAUGUUUUAUUUAUUGCACCUUGGCAAAGCUUUUAUUGGCCUGGUGAUGUAGUGGAUCAAGAUGUACCGCCUGUGAAUAUUCAACUGAAACCUAGACGUAUUCGAUUGGUAACCAAUGUAGCAAGAAAUCUCAAGGCAAUCAAAUCACAUUUUUGGACAUCUGUCAAACAUGCUGGUAUGGGUGUGGUACGAGAACAAAGAUCUCAUGCCCCCAAGGUACAUAAAGAUUUACGACGACUGAAGGCUACUAUCUACAAGUUGACAGAAACAAUUAUGACCAGUGUUUAUACUAUUCGUGAUCAGACACUCAGCUCGGGGUGUCAUGAGCUUGUGGAAGAAUGUUUUAGUUUUGCCAGUGAUUUUGGAAUACGUGUGGCCAAAUUGUUUGACGCUAGACAUCGACUCCCAUUGGACUUGAAAUUGACACAGUUGGCUAUUCAAUGGAUUUGUUUUAUUACAGAUGAUUGUACACCUACGGACAGACGCACAUUCAGGUGGGCAGUGGCAGCAUUGGAAUUUGGACAAGUGAUGACGAAAGGAACGAACAUGUUGGCACUUGGUGAUGCAGAUUUCUCAAUGCUACAAAGCAAAGUGGCUAGAUGUAUUGCUUUACUUAUCUCUCAUUUUGAUGUUUUGGGUACACGAUGGACAUUUGAAGCACAACAAAAGGAAGAACAACGAAAACGUGGGAUUACAGCAAGACGCAACUCUUAUAUUACUAGUACGAACAAUACGGACGACAGUAGUCAUCGAUCUCAUCUUCGACAUGGUGGAAGACGUGGACGUGCAGAAACAAGCAAAGAUGUGGCAGGUGCAGAUGUGGGGAAUGAAGCCGCAGUGGCAGCAGCUCAUCGUUAUAUUCGGGAUGCAUGGAUGCGGGAUAUCAAUCAAUUGGAAUCAGAACGGAACAAGAAUGAACAAGAAUUGAAAAUUGUUGGUAAAGUAUUGGACGAUCAGAAACCAGAAGAUCAAUCCUUGGUAUUUUUGGCCCCUUCUUCCUCUAAUAUUUCUUUCCGUUGGCAACAAGGUCGAUACAUUGGCGCUGGCACCUUUGGUUCGGUCUAUCUAGCUAUCAAUCUCGACACUUCAAGUAUCAUGGCCGUCAAGGAAAUCAGAUUCCCGGAUUCAAGUGCUUUAUCUGCUUUACACAAGGCAAUCAAAGAAGAAAUGAAGGUCAUGGAAAUGUUACAUCAUAGAAAUAUUGUACAAUAUUAUGGCAUGGAAGUGCAUAGGGAAAAAGUUAAUAUCUUUAUGGAAUAUUGUGAAAAUGGUAGUCUAGGAUCUCUUUUGGAAGUAGGUGGACGAAUUGAAGCUGAAUAUUAUAUCGUAGAUUAUGCCUAUCAAUUACUCAGUGGACUUGCUUAUCUACAUGAUAAUAAUAUUGUACAUCGAGAUAUCAAACCUGACAAUAUAUUGAUUGAUCAUCAAGGACAAUUAAAAUUGACUGAUUUUGGUGCUUCAAAAAUCAUUGCUCAUGGACAGAAAACAUUAGGACCAUCUACUCUAAAGGUAGCAAAUAGUUUGGCAGGGACUCCCAUGUAUAUGUCUCCGGAAGUGAUUACAGGUGGUGAUGUAGGCAGGAAAGGAUCUAUGGAUAUUUGGUCUCUUGGAUGUUGUAUUGUACAAAUGGCCACUGGUAGACGUCCUUGGAGUACACUUGACAAUGAAUGGUCUGUGAUGUUUCACGUGGUGACUGGGCAUCCUCCUCUACCUGAUCCUUCACAAAUGUCCAGUUCUGGUAUCUCUUUUCUCAAACAAUGUUUUACGCGAAAUCCAAAGGAUCGACCUUCAGCUCAUGAACUCUUAAAUCAUCCAUGGAUUACCAACUACUUAGAACGCGGUAUUAUUGCAGAUGAUCAUGAUGAAGAUGCGACAAUCCCAUCUUCACCACCACCAUCUCCAAACUAUGAUGAUAGCGAUAACACAGCUGUUAAUCAAGGAAUCCUACCUUCUUUACCCACCCCAUCCUCUUCAGCAACACAACAACCUUCUGCAUCAUCAACAGUAAAGACAAGCACGCUUGGAUUGGAAAACCUGGAUUUGACACAUGAUAGUGAAGCCUUGCGUAGUUAUUUCAAAGGAUUGGCGGACAAUCAAGACGAACAAACAUGAUCCAACCAUUUACUUUAUUUUAGUUUUAUAUCUUUUUUUUUUUUUUUGUUAUUAUUAUUAUUAUUAUUUUAC